AUGUCACUAAGGAGUGGAAGCAUCGAUUUUCUGGAGUUUCUGAACAUGAUGACCAUGGCAAAGAACCACGACGGCCCGUUCAAGGCCUUGGAUUCGCAGCUGGUGACGACGCUGGCCAAGCUGGACCGGGGGGACCUCCUCCUGCUUUUGACGGUGCUGAAGGUCCCCAACAGCCGGCUUGAUGGCAUCUCC